CCCCGGCUCAGCCCCAGCCCCGGGCGAUGGAAGCCGAUGACUCGCAGGAACCAGAGCUCGCCGAAACCAUGGGACAGCUCCAGCAGGAGCUGCGGAAAGCCAAGGAUGACCACAAGAUGGCCAUAGGUGCCAUCUCUUCCUUGCAAAGACAGAUGGAGAUCCAAGAAUCCGAGCUUCGGAAAAUCAGAUCUGAAAAGGAACUGCUCCAGAAGCAGCUCAGAGAGAGAGAAGUCCAGCUCCAAGCUGUGUCUGACAAGGUACGGCCCAAGAGCGUGGUGGCCAUGGCUAGCAGGAGACACAGCAGCUGGGAAUUUGGGAUUUUUGCAACAUCCCUCUCUCACAGGCAGGAGGGAGGGGAACCUGUAGCUGUGAAACUGAAGAGUAAAAUAUUCUCCUUCCAGUUUUGCAGCCUGACAGAAGAACAGAGGCAGGAAGAAGCAGUGGUGGCGAUGGUGGAGGAGAACCAAAACCUUCAACAGGUUGUCGCAGAACAGGAAUUCCAGCUGGCUGAGCAGAACAAGCUCAUCAGUGAGCUACAGGGGACAAUCAGCCAGCUGCAGGCUGAGGCUGUGAGCACCCGCCUCCACCUCCUGGAGCAGAAACAGGCCCAGAGGGAGACCCAGAGGCAGCUUGAGGCAUUGCAGCACACAGAGCUGCAAACCAGAGUGGCACUGGAGCUCAUCAGCAGCAAGUUUGAAAGGUACAGAAACAAAAUAAUCCAGGCUACGUUCAGCGUGGAGGGCAUCCAGGACCCCCAGGGCGAGCUCACGGAUGAUGACGUGCUGGAGGCAAUGCAGAAAAUCUUCAACGAGCGGACGGAGUUCCAGCAGAUGCUGAAGAACAAGGGCAGCAGGACAUCCCUGCUCAGCAGUGACAGCAGCACAGCAUCACCAGCAAGGAGAAGGAAAUCCUCCAGGAUGGAAAAGCUCUGAAGGCUGAGCCAGAACCCAUCACCAGCUCAGGUUCUGGGCUCUCAGCUUGGAGCUGGUGCCUUACAAGAAAUAAAACUCAUUUUACUGACACCAAGUUCUGUGGGAGUAUCUGAUUCAAUUGUUUCAGCCAUGUUAAAGCCAUGCUUUAAAUGGUUAAAGCAAAUUUCUGACACUUCUUCAAUUUGAUUGUUCAAGAUAUAACUCCUGUAAGUUCAUUGGGAAGAAAAUUUGUGAAAUCAGAAUGGGCUGAGUUUUCCCAUGGCAAAUUUCAAGUGCAGCAAUUAUCUGUCCCCUGUAUUCCCUGGUCUAUGUUAAUUCUGAAUCAGAACACAAGUUACUGCAAGUCCUUGGUCUGCAGUAACACUUGACUUCCCAGAGGAGCCUGAAGCACAAGGCUGGCUUGGCUACAAGCAGCUGGGCAGUGUAUAAUUCCCAUUUUAACCUUGGGAAGUUUUAAGUGACCUGACUGAACAUCCCCCAGUGACAAAACAAGGGACAGUGCCAGGGCUGCAAAAGCUGUUUUAUUUUUCCAUUCCAUGUGCAAGUCCCAACAACAUGGGGAUGCAUUUGACAUAGCAGCAGUUCAGUUGGAGCUCUGAGAUGUCAUUUUUUACCAGAAAAGAGUCAGUCUGGGGGCCACCUUGCCUUAGGGAGAGGUGUGAGUGCACACCAGUGCGCACCCACACAUAUGGAGACUGCCAGACAAGAACUGCUCCAACUGCCUGUAUUUUGGAAGUGCUCACCCACAGUAACUCUCUGGGCACACACAAGGUCACCACAAUUCCCACAGGGAUGGAGGAUGGCCCUGAAGUGCACUGAGACACACAAACCCUCAACAAAUCCCUUAAAAAUGGAAGCUGUGCUCAUGCCUGAACACAAAAACCGUCACUUUAAAAUGCAUCCCUCAAGUUCUGACAGCAAUUAAAUGCUUCUGACACCAACUAAAUGUUCACAGCUACUCCAGAUAAAAUUC